AUGCACGCACUCAGUCUAAUAACAAUUCUUGAUCAUUUGAUUUGUUAUUCAGAUGAUGAAUCAAUAUAUAAAUUAUCACAAUGUUCAAAAGAUUGUCAUGAAUCAAUUCAUCAAAUUAAAAGACGUCAAUUAUUUAAAUUAAUCAAGGAUGGAAAUAUUCUUCAUAAUCAACACUUGAGAUCAAUUGAAAAUAUUGAAUCAGUACAUAAUGAAGAAACGUUAAAAUUGUUAGAAAUGAUUAAAAGGAAAGAAGACGAAUUGAAAAUUAUUUUGCCUUCCUAUUUGAAGGAAUUUAUUUUAAUUUGUGGAGAUUUAGAUUGUAGAUUUACUCCACAUUUAAAUGGAUAUUAUUCCUCACAUCCUUGUUACAGUUUUAUUCCCUUCCAAGAAUGGGAAUUUUUAAAAACUCAUUUUCUGAAAAUUCCAUCAAGAACAGAAAUUGAAAAGAAAUUUAAAGCUCACCAAAGAGAUUCUUUAGUUAUUGUUGGAUAUGAUCCAAUUACUCAUUGUUGUUUAUUAUUAGAAUCUAAUAGUGGUUUAUUGUACGAAUUUGGAAGGAACGAAUUAACUAAAUUUGGAAGUUUAUUUGAAUGGUAUACAAAAUUAAAUAGUAACAAAACAUUUAAACAUUCUAUAAAUAAUAAUCAUCAUUUGAAUCAAUUACAACAUCCUGUUACAACAGUGGAAUCAGCAAUUAAAUUAUUAAAAUUCAAAUCAGGAGAUUACUCACAAAUUUAUAAAUAUUUACCAAUUGAUUUUAAAAAGAAUGAACAACUAAUUAUGGAAGUAAUGAAAUCUGGAUAUGUAGAAAAAUAUAUUCCUUUCAAAUAUAAAGAUAAUGCAGAUUUCAUGUUACAAUACAUUAAACAAAAUUUAGAUGCUUUCCAAAUUUGUUCAGCCAGAUUAAGAUAUGAUAUUGACUUUGUAAAGAGAGUUUUUGAAAUUAAUCCAAAAAUUAUUUAUCAAAAUAAUUCAAGAGAAUGGAAUUUCAAAGUUAAACCUUUUAUUGAUGUAUAA